UUCGUCUCAUCUCAUGUCUCAUCGUUGGUCUCAUCAUUUCGCAAAUUCGCAGUUCACACUGCUCUUGCUCUGUCUGUGUAGUUGCUGGCUUGCGGAUUUUGUCUCUAGCUUUGUUUCUGUGGUCGGCGGAAACACAAAUCUUAUUUUCUCACGAUGACAUGAAAUUUUUAAGUUUUGGGCUGAGAAAUUGUGAGCUGGAGAUCGCCAGCCGCAGAAGUCCAAUGGUCACAAGUGACAAUGUCGUUUUCCGACGAUGAGCCCGGGUCCUCCCUCCAUUUCCGAGAGGGGAGCUUAGUUUACCUGAAACCCCGGCAUUCAGACGAAGACCCUGAGCCAGCGCUGGUCAAAUACUGUGGACCAGUGCCGAGACUUGGACCUGGAGUUUACUACGGCAUAGAAAUUCUGGUGCCUUCAACGCAGGGUGUCUGCAACGGGACAAUUUUCGGAAAGAGAUAUUUUUCUUGCAAGCAAGGGAGUGGAAAUUUUGUGAACGCAAGCAGACUGAUGCCCUACAAACGCUCAGAGAGUUUAAAUGAAAUGAGCCGCAAAAAUAAACUUAGUCCCAACAAUACGACCACUGUUGUCUUGCAUCUGAAGAAGAAUGAUGAGACAACAGGUUCUCCUUAUGAAUACAAUUCCUGCCCAUUCUCUCCUGUUCUGGACCCGUUGCCACCAAUAACUCCAAAUUUGACUCCACACAUCACUAACCUCUCACAGGGGAGUUCGACACCAGAACGAGAAUCGUUGUUUGAAGAAAAUUCUAGCCAGUAUUCACCAUUGAAGUUGGGAGACAGGGUGGUCUGGUUGAGUGACACUGGGCCAGAAUUCGGGACCGUUCGUUGGCUGGGAGUCCUCCCCGGAGCCUCACCCCACACAAUGGCAGGCGUUGAAUUUGACAAUCCAGUUGGAACCGGGACAGGACUGUACAACAGACAGCAAUUGUUUGUCACUCGCAAGAAACACGCUUCAUUCAUUCCACUUUUAGGACUAAUCAAAGCCGAAGACUUUGUAGCGUCGAACUCGCCCAAAAGAAAUCCUCCCCAACGUGAUACGAAACCACCCGCUCGGACCGAGGAUCUGAUAGUGCUGCUGGCCGAUGAAGUUUACAAGUCAAGACUGGGAGAUGACGAGACAUGUGCCACUGGCAAACGAGCAGCAGGACCAAUUCCCGAUCUGCCGGAACCUUACGAGGAGAGGUUCAACGGGCAUAGCAGUGAUGUAGGGGUCGGGUCGAUGGUGGAAGUCACUGUGAAUGAAGUUCCGCACUAUGGAGUGGUGCGCUGGGCCGGGUACCUGCACCAAGAUCACCAGCACAGACUCGUUGCUGGAAUUGAAAUGGAGGAAGAUAUCAUUGGUGGAACAGACGGAACAUUCAACGGACGCAGAUAUUUCAAGUGUGCGCCAAAGCGAGGGUUCUUUGUCAGCAUGUCACAGUGCAGACUGGACAGACGCUUCCAAGAACAGGCAGCUGCUCUCUCAAAUGGCGCUCUAAACCACAGCAAUGCUGAAAAUGGCAUUAGUCAACCCGACUGCCCUAUAAUCAGAGACUAUGUAAGGCCGUUGAAGACGGAGGAAGACGUUGCCGCAAUGUGCGGGAAAUUCAGAGGAAUCCAGGGACACCACAACUCCUGCUACCUAGACGCCACUCUUUUUGGAAUGUUUGCAUUUACAACUGUUUUUGACAGCCUCCUCUUCCGACCUGCGACUCCAGAAGAUGGGCCACACUACCUGGAAGUGCAGAGAGUUUUGAGAGAGGAAAUUGUGAACCCACUUCGCAGCUGCAAGUUUGUCAGGGCAGACAGAGUGAUGCACCUGAGGCAACUGUUGGAGAAAAUUGGCUCCGUUUCUGGCAUGACCAGUGAAGAGAAAGAUCCCGAGGAGUUAUUGACCUCUCUGGUUACACAGACAUUGCGAGCAAAACCAUACUUGAAGCUCAGCUCUGGACAAGAGGCAUUCAUGCAUCAACUGUUUGUUGAAAAGGAUGAGGAGAUUGACGUUCCUUCCGUCCAGCAGCUUUUUGAGCAGAGCUUCCUAUCGAGUGACAUCAAGUUGAAACAGGUUCCUCCAGUACUGAUACUCCAAAUGCCUAGGUUCGGCAAAGCAUACAAAAUGUAUCCGCGCAUCUUGCCAUCGCAAAUACUUGACGUAACUGACGUGAUAGAAAACUGUCCCCGGCAAUGCAUCAUUUGCGGGAAGCUUGCCUACUUUGAGUGCAGGGAGUGUUUUGGCGAAUGUGGGUCUGGCCUCGAAAGCAUCACCUUCUGCCAAGCUUGUUUGGAAACCGCUCACAAUCACCAGCGCCGACAGAGCCAUGCUUGGAGACGGCUGUCAGUACCCAAGGAGUAUCUGGACGUGGCCGAAAGGUAUCGAAGAAGGAACAUGGUGGACAGCAGAGAAGCCCUUCCACCGAUCCCUCGAAUCUAUAUGGAACUUUUUGCUGUUGUCUGCAUUGAAACAUCUCACUACGUUGCUUUCAUCAAAGGGGGAACUGGACCUGAUGCUCCAUGGCUAUUUUUCGACUCAAUGGCAGACAGAAGAGGUGAGCAAAACGGCUACAACAUUCCCAAGGUCUCGCUGUGCCCCGACCUUCCCAAGUGGCUGCAAUCUGAGGGCUUGCCCUUGGUCAGAGAUGAAAGGCAGCUUCCUGAGAGGGCCAAGAGACUAUUGUGUGAUGCGUACAUGUGCUUCUACCAAAGCCCGCAAGUGGCCAUGUACAACUAGACUGCUCCAAAUGUGAUCGAAAAGCAGGGUGGUUGAGUGAUUCAAGAUUCAAAGAGUCGAGGAUUAAUUCAAGCACUACCAAUCAUCAGAAUUUAUAUAAAUGCACACAAAUAUUAUUUAGCACAAUUUGUGACUGCUUCUUCAUUAUAUUCAAGAGCACAAUCUCUUGUUUCACAAUCAAUUCAUGACACAAAUAUUAUCAUGACAUUUGCUCUGUUUGUGUUUCAUACCAUUUCAUAUUAUUAAUUGACGUUAACACAAUUGUCACACUUUCAACUGACUCAUAAUCACCAUAGAAGCAAUGCUAUGCCCUUAAUCUGCUGAAUAUAUCCUACAUUGAAUUCUAACCAAAUCAUGUAUUGACGUUGAAGAUUUUUUCCAAAAUCAGCUAAAAACCAAUGUAUUUAAAUUGUUAUUGAUGGAUAUAAUUAACCGUAUUUAUUUUCGUAAAUCUUCAUGGAAUGGUCGAUUUGCUAAAAGCAGCUCUCUCAAAAUUAUGCUUGCAAAGCAUUUAAAGAAGUGUUCAAGUGGAUAUAAUUAUGUUAUUGAUAUUUAAAGUCUCUGUCGAUUAAAUUCAUUGAUGGAUAUCUUUUUUGAAAUAAAAAUCAAGUAUUUUCAUGCACAAUUUUGAUUAGGUUGAUUAAUUUCACAAAUCAGCUGUGGCUUAAGUGCAAGCGCCAAGCAUAUAUUGUACACUUUUUACAAGCACCUUGAAAUUAUGAUAUCUUAUUAUUAUAAUUAACUUGAUAAACUUUUUAAGGAUAAUCAAUGAAUUGACCCCUGUGAUGUAUGUUUUCAGACCUUUAUUAGGAUGUUAACAAUUUCUACAAACAAAAUCAUUUAAUUCUGUACUUGUUGCUUUGAAAGAUUUUGUUAAGUGGUGAAUUAAUAUAUUAUUUAUUUCUAUACACACAUAAAUCUUUAGUUUUAAUUUUACAAUCACUACCCAAUUAAAAGAGAUCUGACUGUGAUAACUAUUCACACAAUUGGAUUGUACAAUAAAGAUGAAGUAAUUAUUAUUGUAAAUAUCUUAUAGUUUAAAGUUAACAAUAAAAUUCGCACUUACAGAAAGGACUGCUCCUUUGAAAGGAAGUUUGAAAAUAAAAAUACAGCUGUUUUAUAUCAAUAUGUUGUUAAAACCCUUCCAUUUGAUAUAUAAGCAAAUCUUCGCAUGCUAGUUUGUACUGUUGAAGAUAAAUCUACGAAAUUUUAAAUAAAACCUUCUCUAUGUACAAUAUAUAUAUUGUGAUUACUCUUAGAGCAGUCUCAACAGUUGUGCUAAAACAUACAAUGGCGUAAACGAGACAUUCCGUCAUUACUCUUUUCUCGUUUACUCAAGAUUCUUAUCAACAAACUUUCAUAAUUAUUCUCUUCAGGCUGAACAUUUUUGACCAAUUCAAA